UGCGCGACCGUUUCUCUGCCGUCCGAUGGUUCGGGUCCUCGUGGCUGUACGAUUCGCCAGGUUGGCUACAGCGUGACCUCGGACUGGCUUUUCCAGAGACGUGCGGCCAUUUUCUUUCGAUUUUUUGCAGCUGCUACAUCACGCCAUUACGGCACCCCGCCUCCAUUUCUAUCGCUUCGCAGCCACCGCCGCCUGCCCGCCCGCUGCCGUCCGCCUCAGAUGCCGCGCCCGGCAACGUGAGCCCGCUUCCCCACCUGCAGUCGCCGGCCACCGCGGCCCUUGCUCCAACGUCUCGUCGCCGGUCGCCACGCUAGGUUCGCGAGGUCCUCAUCGGCGUGAGACGGCGAGAUCUGUCGCAGGAGGAGGUGGCGGCGGUCGUACUCAGCCAAGGAGUGAUGGGGAAGAGAAGAGGGCGGCGGGAGCGGCUGGCGGCAGUGCGACGAUGAUGACGGUACGGGCGACGCGAGCAUCCUCCUCCUCAACAAGACGCUGGCGGGCGGCGGUGCUGCUGCGACGCUGCAACCUUCUUCUCCCCUGCGGGCCUGCCCGAGCUACGCCCGAGCGAAGCUCCCCCGGGCCAAACGCGCCGCCUUCAUCCUCCGCGCUCGCUCUUCUCCUUUGUGUUUGUGGCGCCCAGCCAAAUCUCAUCAUGCGUGUCUUCUCGUUGUAGAUUGCAAAGUGUCUACUUAUCUGUGAUUUUGUUGAUUUGUUGGGGAUUUCUGAUGGGAUUUGCAAAGUGUCUACUUAUCUUUUGAGAUUGUUUUCAUAGUAAUCCCCAUGGUUGCUGGCCACUUCGAUGAGAAAAGGACUUCUGGAUCUGGGCGAGCGAGAUGGAGAAAAAUCAGUUCGGGGGGUAUUUUAUACGUCUGGGGGAAGGCAACUUCGAUCUAGGCUGGUCUGCCUCGCGCUCCCGCUCGGGCCUGCUUGAAACUGGGCCGGUCCGUCUCGCGCUCGCGCGCCUCCACGCGCUCCCGCUCGAGCCUGCGCCAGCCUGGGCUCGCUCGCGUUCGCGCAGCGCAGCUACUCUUUUUGCGCGAACGUUCCCGGAAGGUCGGUCGCGCGACGACCUAAAAAGCGCGUACGGUCGCGCAUUAGUCCGGUCCUUCGAUCAAUUCUUUUCUUUUUUACGGAAGAGACUCAAUCCACUAACUGCAACAACGUCUCCGUAAUUUGUCCUCCUUGGGCCUUCUUAUAUCGGCCUUGAGUGGGCCGACCAGGCCCACCCAUUCUUCCCCUGCCUCAGAAAAUAUGAGAAGCAAGAAAACCGUUCUGAAAAACAAUUCUUCCGUGAGAAGCAAGAAAACAAAAAUUAACCAAUCAAUAAUCCUCGUUCAGAAAAUAAAACGGGCUAUCACACGCAUGUUUAUCCCUACUACUAGUCCAAGCGCGCGAUCUCAGCGUUCGAAGCCGAAACCGGAGCAAUCGUCUCUGAGAGAUUCUGUACCGGCCGCCCACCAUGGAUCAGGCCUGCCGCAUCGCCGCCGUCUGCCGCCGGUGGCGCGCCGUGCUCUCCAAGCCGACGUUUCUCUCCCACCGCCACCUCUCCCAGCUGCUGCGGCCGCCCCCGCCGCUCGCCGCCCACCACCGCCCUUACGCGCUCGUGAUCCAGCCGCUGCAGAAGGUCGGCCGCUUCACCCACCUCACCCUCGUCGCCCUCGACCCCGGCGCCGGCCGCGUCCCCGUCAAGGUCCCUCUCCAGCCCAAGUACGUCGACCCUCCGCCGCCGCCGCCCCACAAGACGACAGCGAAGCCUAAUCCCGACUACGUCCGCGCUAAACCCCAAGCGCCGCCGGAUCUAGCCGCCGCGGCGGAUCCGGCGCCGUGGGAGGUCUUCUUCGAGCGCACGGUCCCCGAGCUCGACAUCUCCAUCGCGGCGUCGCACGGCCGCCUCUUUUUAUGCCGCGGCCGGAGCCGCUACUACGUCUGCGACCCGGCCGCCAACCGCUGGGCCGAGCUCCCGCCGUCCGCCGUCGCGCCACACCAACUCCGGCCUACACUACGACGAAUCAACCGCCGGCGGUGAG